GCGUGUGUAUGUGCGUGUGUGCUCGUGUGCGUGUGUAUGUGCGUGUGUAUUUGUGUGCGUGUGUAUGUGCGUGUGUAUUCGUGUGCGUGUGUAUGUGCGUGUGUGCUCGUGUGCGUGUGUAUAUGCGUGUGUAUUCGUGUGCGUGCGCGGGUGUGUAUUGGGAGGAUUUGGAAAGUAUGCAGCUAGCACAGAUUGGAUAACCUGUUCUACCUGUUGGGCUGUUAAGGCUUCCUGGCACCGACUUGCUGAGUCUCACGUAGGAAAAAAAAAGACACAGGCACCGAUGCCUAUUAACCAACUCUCCUGAACGUUUCCACUUUCUUUUCUUUGUAAAAGGGAAGUGAGUAAACCGGCGAGUCAGUUCUUAUAUCGCGUGUCAGAGCCUUUGUCUUCAGAGUGACUUGGCUCCCGAACUCACCGGGCCGUGCAGAAAAUGGCCGCCUCGCCAGAGAUGACGGCGUCCGUGCCGAUCUGCCGGAAGCACAAGGCUCCCCUGGGCCUGUACUGCGUGGAGAUGGAAGAGCUGGCUUGCGAGGGCUGUAAAGAGGCUUCGGGGCGCAAGAAAUAUCGGUUCUGGACAUUGCGAGAAGCCGCCGAAGAGCACAAGGUGGUCCUCAGGAUCUCUCGGGACAAGCUGUUGGCGAAAGUGAAGGGACACGAGAAAGCUCAGAGACUCUUUUCCGACAUGGCCAAACACCUUAAGAGCCAGGCCCAGCAGACGGAGAGGCAGAUAAAAGACGAGUUCGAGAUCCUCCACCGUUUUCUGCGGGAGGAAGAGGAGGCCAGGAUCGCCGCGCUGAAGGAGGAAGAGGAGCAGAAGCGUCGGACGCUGAAGGAGAGGAUUCAGGGGAUAACUGAAGAGAUGUCCUAUGUCUCAGACACAAUCAAGACCAUCGAGCAGGAGCUGGAAGCUGACGACAUCUCCUUCCUGCAGAACUACAAGGACACAGUUUACAAAACGUGGCAGUCCCUGCAGGAUCAGCGAUGUCAGCCCGGUGUGUACAAGCUGAUGUCCAAAGUAUCUGAGAUGAUGAAAUUACCAGGCCAGGUCCAUGCUGACACAGUGCAAAGGAUGUGCAAACCACAUCCGGAACCUGAGCCAAUCACAGGGGGCCUGAUCGACGUGGCCAAACACCUGGGAAAUCUCAAGUACCGAGUCUGGGAGAAGAUGCUGGCGAUUGCACCGUACAGUCCUGUGUCUCUGGACCCCAACACUGCUACCUGUCGCCUCUCUCUCUCUGAGGGACUGACCAGUCUCAAGUACUGCACGGACAACCCUCAGCUCCCCGACAACCCGGAGAGGUUCACCUCCCGAGCCGAAAUGCUGGGGUCUCGGGGCUUCGCCUCCGGGACACACCACUGGGACGUGGACGUGGGGGACAACACCAGCUGGGCGGUGGGCGUGGCCACGCAGUCCGUCCUGAGGAAGGGCCGAAAUCGAGGGGUGGGGAUCGUGGCCCUGCGUCUGGACAACGGAAGCUACCGCGUGAAAACAGCGCACCUCCCGGAACAGGGGAGGCUGCGGAGGGUGCGGGUCGAGCUGGACUGGAACAACGGAAGAGUUACCUUCUCCGACCCGGUCCGUAACCGCCCUGUCGCGGACGUCGGCUUUCCUUUCACAGAACCGGCGUUUCCAUAUUUCUACAGCUCGUGCGAGGACCACCCACUGCAGAUCGUUCCGGAGAAGGUCAGCAUCACUGUCGGAGCUCCGAAGCAAGGAGAAAGCAGUGCUUUACCCGGAAUUUAUCACUGGUUUUGGUAGAAAAAUCUGGAGGGUUUGGAGAUGACCUUCCUUACAUAAGUAACAUGGAAAUUUAUGGUUUAACCAAUCAGCAAUGUGUUUGUUCAGUGCACAGCCAAUCCAAAGUCUACUUGCUGCACCAGAAUGAACAUUAAUGGGCAAAUCAGAACUGGAGUACUCCUGCUAAGAAAUGGCAUACAUUACAAAAAAAAAAAAAAAAAAACGAACUCUUGUUACAUUCCUGACUAUAGAUUCUCAAAUACUUAAUUUUAUUUUAUUUUUAUUAUUAUUUUAUUUUAUGGUGCUUUGUCAUGGUUCCAUAUUCCGUUUGCUACUGGGCAUCGUUGUUUGUGCUAAUCGACGCCUUUUCGUGCUAAUCGGCUACUUGGGAUCCCUGUUGAGGGAACUGAAUGUUUAUUCUGGGAACUGAGUGGGGUAAUCUUCAGGGCCGCCUGAGGGCGCUCCGUGAUUUCCUUUGAUUACGACCGAAUGUUUGCAUCUGAUCGAGAGAGCUUAUAUGCCCUCACGUGAGACCUGUUCUUCGCUUUAGUGUCUACUUACGUACGCGAUAGCCAGGUACAGAGAAAAGCUCUCUUAGAGAAAAGUGUGGUAAGGAAAAAGGUUUUGAUUUAGUAGUAAGACUUCGGUCCUACUAAUCACUCAGCUGCAAUCUUUAUUUUCCUUUAAACGCCGUUUUUGCCUUCCUCGUUACGAGGCACCUUUUCUUUUGCUUUUCUCCCGACUGCACUGCAGUCUUUACUAAAAUUGUACUCACUCCUUACGCCUUAGUUCUUUCUCCCGCAGAGACUAUUACUUCGUGUUUGGAUAUUCUCCCUUAGGAGUUUAGUCUUUUCUUUUCGUUACCCCUUCUCUCAAGUCUCUUACUGAGACCCAGUGGUUAUUCCACUUCGGUGGGUAACUUAAAGAAACCCCCCUUUGAAUUCACUGUAGUUGCGUGUGGUCCUUAACACUUCUCCACCCUCACGUGCUUCUUUUAUUUACAGAUUCUAUUUUCCGCAAUUUAAAAUAAACCAAAACUGCUUCAAUGGAGUAUCACUGAUAUCAGACGUGUACUUGAUAAGAUACACACUCUCUAGAGAAGCGACUCAUCGGCCAGCCAGACACUGAGCUCUCUUGCAUUUUUACUCACAUUUAUACACAGCAUUUGCAUUAUUAUUAUUAUUAUUUUAUUUUAUUUUUUUACAUUUGCUUCGACAGCUGGAUACGUACUGACGAAAUUCACAAAGGGUACAAUGGCGAUGCCCUACCACGGAACUGAAUCUAGGCAGGUCACAGACCCAGUGUCCCAACCAUUAUGCUACACUGCCGUUGCUAUGUUGUGUAGAACACAACACGCCACAGAGACUGCACUGCCUUUCCGAAGGCCAGAUUGUAACAGAUCACCUGAUUGGUCCAAACAUCCGAAAGAAAUUUUUAACAUUCCAAAGGUUCAAUGCUCACUCAUUUUCCUAGCCCUGCCAAGUGCACACAUAAAAGCAGGUGCUCAGUGUGCUCUGGGCUCAGUGUGCGAAGUUAAGUAGCCACCGUUUUAAUUUUAAUGGAUAACCACCGUCCCCCCCACCGCCGCUACAACUUUUCCCCCUGUCCCAUUAUGUACUCCGUUUGACUUUAGUGACAAUUAAAAAACGGACGUAACGUAAGGACCGGUGCACCCACACGCAUUUAGCAAAGGCGUAUCUUGCACUACUUGACAGGCGGAGAGCCACGGUGUGCUAAAAUCCGGUAGCUUACGUUGAUUAACUCCAUAGGGGGACAAUGCCUAAACAGCCAAUACUGGACUGAACAGAGCAGUGUAUAUCAAAUAGUCAAAUAGAAAUAGAGGGCAUAUUUCCAGCAUCUGUGUCAUGUGACCAUGCAUGGUUGUAAUAUGCCUUGCGUUGUGCAAGAGGGUACCCAAACCCUGUCCUCCAGGUCCACAAACUAACACACUGCUAUAUGGGCUGUCUGCUCUUGGUUUGGCGUGGUGGUCAUUACAUUGCAGGCAUUUUGGCAGACGCUCUUAUCCAGAGCGACGUACAACAAAGUGUAUAACCAUAACCAGGGACAAGUUUGUCGAAAACCCUAGAGAGAAGUGCAGGGAACAACUGCAUAGUUUAACUUGGACCCUGUAGGUUAAUCUAAUUAACACUAACACAAACAAGAACAGCAACAACGCAGUCUGUGCAAAAAAAUUCAUGCAGUAGUUAAGACACGAGUGCAUUAACUAAGUCAACUGAGAAACAGCUGUCUAGUUACAAACCUAAGCUUACAGUCAAUUUAGAGGUCACAGGGAGGUAGGGAGGGAUGGAGAGAGGUGCAGCCUGAGGUGGUGAGUCUUCAGUUGUCCCUUGAAGGUGGUGGUCAGGGUCUCAGCUGUUCUGACCUCUUUGGGAAGGUCAUUCCACCAUCGUGGGGCCAGAACAGACAGGAGACGUGAUCAGGAAGUGGUCAUCCGCCACUCAUCAUCGACCAAUCGGUCCCGUCCCGCCCUUUUUCAGGUUCAUCCAAUCACCAGUGUCCACCUGGCCAUAGAGUCGCCUGAAAUAGCCUGGAUCCCUCCUGAUCUCUCCGCCUCCCAGCUGCAUGAAGCCCGUUUUCACUGCUGUUGUACCUCGAAUUUCUGCCCUCCUCUGUGCCUUUCGAGUUUUCCAGUUGUCCUUCUGUUCCUUAUGAUUUUGUCUUCUUUUUAUUUCACCAGGGAGAGGGACUAGGUAAAUUUUGGGGUGCCCUGCACACAGCACACGUUGGCUUCUGUUGCAAGACAUUGGGUUAGAGGUGACUGCCACGCCCAGUAUUUUUAGUUUAGUUAGAGUAGUUAGGACAUUGUUUGACAGGUUUAGCAGUCUUAGGAUAAAAGGCCCUAGUUAGUUGUGUUUUUUAAUUUUUAAUUUUUUAAAAUUUGGCAAAGGCUACAGUAUCUCUCCCUGUUGAGGUUUACCUAUACCUAUUGUGUCUUGCUGUGAAUAGACAGCUCAAAUAUCAGCUCACUUGGGUGCACAUUGUUAAUAAACAGUGUUACUGGUU